CGAUGGAGGUUAAUGUGUACGACGACUGCUGGCUUCUGGUGCAACGUUUCAACCAAGCAGCCAAUGACGAGCAGAACGGCGAGUUUGAGGUUUUCUGCCGUUGCUGGCAGGAGCUGCAACUGCAGCAUCUCUUCUCCGCCCAGACGAACCAUAUCGAAAUAAUUGCCACCACAUUGGCCGCCCUGCACGUGGGCAAGCGUGUAGCCUGCGGCCGCCGCACCAAUGGGCAACUAUAUCCCGCUGCCUCCCGCUUCCAGCGCAUUGCAGGAUUCUAUCUGCUGUACGUGGUCUACAACAAGCAGCCGACACAGAAUUUUGCCAAGAUCGAGGUGUCACCAUCCACCUGGCAGAGCCUGUGCGACUAUGCGUUGCAGUUGCGUCGUGACAGUCCCGAACAAAAGGACACUGAGCAGGUUAGCUACCUCUUCUGGCGUUUGGUGCAACAGCAAGCUUUCCGCUUCACGGCCGUGGACUAUGGCCAGGGCCUAGAUGGCUUGGUCAACUAUGACAACGUGGAGAGUGCUGCGGGAAUCAGCAGGCAGAAGAAGAGCGAACUGAUUUUAAAGCAACACAGACCCAAUAAGGUCAGCCUGAUUUAUGAGCUGGAGGACCUUAGGAAUCUGGACCUGGCCAGCGACCCGUUCUGUAAGUUGGAGACGGCCUAUAACAGGCAGAAAGAGCAGCUAGUCGGCCAAGAACAGACACUGCCGCCUACUCGGGUCUUUAGUCAGCUUCGGGAGAUCUUCAGUGACAUACAAAACAUUAUUGGAGGACAGAACCAGAAUCAGCACGAUGAUGAGCAGCCUACAACAUCUACGAACCACCAACUGGAGCUACGUGAGCGGGUGCGCUACAAAGCCAUGUACGGAAAAGAGAAGGACGACUUGCCAAAGGCUGAGCUCGAUAAAGAGGAGGAGCAGGAAGCGCAAGAUCCGUACCAACGACGCACAUCAUCGGCCACUAUUUUUUUGCCGCAACUGCCAAAAGAUGUGGAGCGAGAGUACGAAAUGGACGAUUACACCGAGGAUGAGGAUGAGGAAGGGGAAGCCUGUGAAGAGUUUAUGGAUAUGCCGAAAAGCCAAGCUACGAGUUACAUAUGUAAAUAAAUUCAGAAUCUCAAAAAAAAAAAUGCAAAACGAA